AUGGCAACUUCAACGUCAACAGUGAUCAAAACACAAACAGCACGAGUAAAUCCUCCCACGCUCGUACUUGAACUUAAUCAUUCGAAUGAAACCGGACCUCGUGUUCAGUGGACUGAAGAAACAAUUGAUAAUGAACAUUUGAAUAGAAAGAAAUCCAAAUGUUGUUGUAUAUAUACGAAACCACACGAUCCACAAUCUCUCAAUAAUCAAACAACAGAAGUCAACGAAUUUGAUAAUUGUCAACAUUGUCGAUUUCAUACGGAAUCAGACUAUGCUGCUAAACCUGAGGAACGACAACCAAAAAUAAAAUUAGUUGUAAAAAAAACUGAAUCGUCAUAA